UGCUUGUGAUGGGAAACGAGCAAAAAUUAGAAAAGACCGAGAAAAAAAGAUCGACAUAAAAUGUACUAUCUCGUCUUUCUCCUCUUUGGUUUUUUUCCUUUUUGAGUAGAAAGACAGAGGAAGAACGAAAGAGAAAAAAAAAAAAAAAGAACAGACGAGAGAGAUGAGGGGAGAUGCCUGUUAUGCUAACAAGGUUAAGCAGAUGGCAUAAUCUUCUGCUACCGCUAGUUGCUGCUGGCAGAUCAUGUCCUGUCACACAAAUUUCAUUCUCAGAUUUCGCUGUAUUAAAGUAAAAGGGAUGCAAUUUUCACCCGUCCUCGUUUCCCACCACUCCCCUCAUUGCCCUUCCCCUUUCUUCUCCCCCACCCCUCUUCUCUCUCUCCCUCUCUUUCUCUCUCCCUUAAUCAGCAGGGUGCAAUUACUCCUCCCUUCAACCAUUGUCGCCGUCGCUACGUGAAAUGCUCGGCCCCUUCGGUGGCGCUCAUGAAGAAGAAGAGAACAAGGGGACGACAUCAGCAGCAGCAGCAGCGGCGGCGGCGGCGGCGGCGGGAGCAACGCCAACUGUAGCUCCACCAACAGCCGUAACGGAGCUGAUGGUGCGGCAACGCCAGCCUCAUCCUCGCCCGGGCUCCGACCCUGCGAGCCAACUCCGUCAGAUCCUCAUCAACUGCGCUCAGAUGGUGGCUCGAUCGGACUACCACUCGGCCGCGCCAUUGCUCUCCUUCCUGUCCACCUCCUCCUCCCCCUUGGGCGAUUCCACCGACCGACUUGUUUCCCAAUUCGCCAAGGCCCUCUCCUUCCGACUCCACCGCCACCAGCAGUACGGCCAUCAGCAGCAGCAGCACGGGCCGGUCGACGACGACCCGCAGGUGCUGCAAUCCUCCUUUCUGUCGCUGAACCAGAUCACGCCCUUCAUUCGCUUCAGCCACCUGACUGCCAACCAGGCCAUACUGGAGGCCGUGGAGGGCCACGACUCCGUCCACAUCCUCGACUUCGAUACCAUGCAAGGGGUGCAAUGGCCACCCCUCAUGCAGGCGAUGGCGGAGAGGUCCAAGGGCAACCCUCCGGCGAUCAGGAUCACGGGGACGGGGUCGGACCUAGACACCCUCUUGCGGACGGGGUCGAGAUUGGAGAUGUUCGCGCUGUCGCUGGGCCUCCGCUUCCGUUUCCGGCCCUACCUCGUCCGCCGCCUCUCCGACCUGGCCAACCUCCCGGCCUCCCUCGACCUCUUGCCGGACGAGGCCCUGGCCGUCAACUGCGUGCUUCACCUCCACAAGCUGCUGCGGGGUUGGGGAGGCGUCGACCCCUCCGCCGACCUGACGUUGGUGCUGCGAGCCCUCAAGUCUAUGAACCCCAAGGUGCUGACGCUGGCGGAGCGCGAGGCGCGGCACAACCACCCCGUCUUCCUCCGCCGCUUCGGCGAGGCGCUCGAACACUACUCGGCGCUGUUCGAGUCGCUGGAGGCCACGCUGCCGCCGAGCAGCCAGGAGCGGGUGGCGGUGGAGCAGGUCUGGUUCGGCAGGGAGAUCGCCGACAUCGUGUCGGCCGAGGAGGAGGAGAGGCGGGAGAGGCACGAGAGGUUCGAGAGGUGGGCGGAGAUCAUGAAGGCUGCCGGCUUCUCCAACAUGCCCCUCAGCGCCUUCGCCUUCUCUCAGGCCAGGGCCCUCCUCAGGCUCCAUUAUCCUUCCGAAGGCUACCAACUCCAGCUCUUCAACGAUUCCUUCUUCCUCGGUUGGCAAAGCCAUCCCUUAUUCUCCGUCUCCUCCUGGCACUAGCAGUAGCAGUAGCACUCCCUUUCUCUUCAAUCUUUAUACAUUUUCAAUCCAACUCCUGCACCACCAUUUUUAAACCUUCCAUCCUCCCACUUAUAAACUUCCCUCUCCCCUCUCCGCUCGCCGCCGGGCAACCCUCCUCUCCAUCAUCCCCCAAAAAGCUCCAUGUCGGUCGUCCAUUCCUACCAACUUUACAUAUUAGUUGAAAGCCUAAACGGCAGGUGGAAAGAAGGAAUGUGACUUACUAUUGAGCAAGAGAAAAAGGGAACACUCUCCCCGUCCCUUCUUUCUCUCUCUCUCUCUUCAUUAGUGUUAUUCCUUACCAAACUCACUUUAUGUAACAUCUUGAGUCUCUUCAUACAUUUACGUCCAUAAAUAUCAAGCAGGUGGCGUCUCGGAUGAUCGGAUUCUCGGUGAUCUCCCUAACAUCCAGGCUGAGGAAAACGGUUUGAAUUGCGUGUUCAAUAACCGAGCCUUUUAGAGCACGUUGCACAAAAAAUCUUGAGACCAGUAACAGCUAAUCUCUUCUUCGUUUUCUUGUUUCCUUCUCCCCCCACCAAUGAUUCGUUUCCUCCUUGCUACCUGCUUCCCGAUAUAUCCUUACCUUCCUCCAUGCCGCUAGCUGCUUCAGUUGAUCAGGCUGGCUCGAUGGUCGAUCGUCCUUCCCUCGAAUCCUCGCUCUCGUGCAAGCAUGUAAUGGACAGUCGAGCAAAGCUCUUCUGGUUUCUUAGCUACGGCUGUGUUGAUCAUGAAUGUAGAUUCCCGGCAACUCCAUGGAUGGAAGG